CCAAAGUGAAGCAAAGGAGAGUGCUUAACACAAACAUCUAUCUCUCUGAGCCCACCUUUGUAUAAGAUUAAGCAUACAAGGGAAACUUGACAAGAAUCUGUGGAAAUGGAUGUGGAAGGGAAAGUUGUAAAAUCAAGAUUCAAGAGGGUAUGUGUGUUUUGUGGAAGUAGUACUGGUAAGAGGAAAUGUUACAGAGAUGCUGCAGUUGAAUUAGCUCAAGAAUUGGUGGCAAGAAGAUUGGACCUUGUUUAUGGAGGAGGGAGUAUUGGAUUGAUGGGUUUGGUUUCACAAGCUGUUCACCAUGCUGGAGGGAAUGUUCUUGGGAUCAUUCCUAGAACUCUGAUGAGCAAAGAGAUAACUGGUGAAACGGUUGGGGAAGUGAGGCCAGUAGCCGACAUGCACCAAAGAAAGGCAGAAAUGGCCCGCCACUCUGAUUGUUUUAUUGCCCUACCAGGUGGGUAUGGAACUUUGGAGGAGUUAUUGGAAGUGAUAACUUGGGCUCAGCUGGGUAUCCAUGACAAGCCUGUGGGUUUGCUUAAUGUUGAUGGCUAUUAUAAUUAUCUACUGACUUUCAUCGACAAAGCCGUGGAUGAUGGCUUUAUCAAACCUUCCCAACGCCACAUCAUUGUCUCUGCACCAAAUGCCAAAGAACUGGUCCAGAAGCUUGAGGAGUACGUGCCUGUGCAUGAUGGAGUCGUGGCCAAGGCAAGUUGGGAAGUUGAGCAGCAGCAACAAGCCCCGCAACAGGUGGGGUUCAGUGCCACUUCUUUGCAGACUGAGAUCGCUCUAUAA